CGGCGAUGACGUCGUGGAGUUCACAGACAGAACUCCAAGAGCCGGGAGCCCUGGAGGGAGUGUGCUGCCUCGCUCCGCUUUGUUAAGUGUCCGCCUGCUCACCUGGCGGUGGGUGCGUCCCGGCCUCUACUGCCCGGGGCGGGUGUCCCCCUCGCCGCCGCCGCCAUGGUGUCCCCGGUCACUGUGGUGAAAAGCGAGGGACCCAAACUGGUACCCUUCUUCAAGGCCACCUGCGUGUAUUUCGUGCUCUGGCUGCCCUCCUCUAGCCCAUCCUGGGUCAGUGCCCUCAUCAAGUGCCUGCCUGUCUUCUGCCUGUGGCUCUUCCUGCUGGCACACGGCCUCGGAUUCCUGCAGACCCACCCCAGCGCUACACGCAUCUUUGCGGGACUCAUCUUCUCUGCUGUAGGGGAUGCCUUCCUCAUCUGGCAGGACCAGGGCUACUUUGUGCAUGGUAUGCUGAUGUUUGCUGUGACCCAUAUGCUCUACGCCUCGGCCUUUGGCAUGCGGCCACUGGCUCUCCGGACUGGCCUGGUGAUGGGAGUGCUGUCCGGCCUGUGCUAUGCCCUGCUCUACCCCGGCCUCUCAGGUGCCUUCACCUACCUGGUGGGGGUCUAUGUGGCCCUCAUCAGCUUCAUGGGCUGGCGAGCUAUGGCAGGGCUGCGGCUGGUCGGGGCAGCCUGGCGCUGGACGGAGCUGGCAGCUGGCAGUGGUGCGCUGCUCUUUAUGAUCUCAGACCUGACCAUCGGGCUCAACAAGUUCCGCUUUCCUGUGCCCUACUCUCGGGCACUCAUCAUGUCCACCUACUACGCUGCCCAGAUGCUCAUCGCCCUGUCUGCUGUUGAAAGCCGGGAGCCAGUGGCGGACGAUAGACUGAGAAAGGCUGACUGAGAGGCCAGCCUCUGUGCAGCCCUCCUUCCUGGGGUUGGAGUCGAGACCCUGGGAACCUACGGAAACAGGAUGGCUACAGGGAAGCCUGGGGCAGCAGAGCAGCCUGGGGCAGCAGGUACUGCCUGUGGGAAUUGAUGAGUUUGAGGGGGUUAGCAGAAGGAUCUCCCUAGCAAAGCUGGUGGUCCAGGACAACACUGUGAGCUCAGGGAGCCAGCUGCUUGCCCCUUGCUGGCGGCAAAGAUAGACCUGGCCCACCUCUACCCCAUCAGGACGGUGAGACCCCCCAGCCCACCCCAAGAUUAUGGUGCUUACCUUCUUGACCCCAUUCCCUACUAGGUGGAAGAGUCCGACUGCAUCUCUUAUGCCUAGGACCAAGGCAGCCCUGGGCUUAUCCACUCUCACCCUUUUUGAUCUGCAUACUGUUGCAGGAAAGGGGAAAAAUCUCUGCCGAGAGGACCCAGGGCUAAGGCUUGAAGGACUUUUCACUGGCUCUUAGUUGGGAAGAUUGGAUGAGGGUGGAGUCUCCUUUCCCUUGUCUAUCCGUAGUACUUGAACAAUCUUUAAGUGGUGAGUGCGAAAGGGAAGGAAGGGGUGUCUGUCCAGGUGGCAUGAGGGAACUUCCUUGGUUGGAGAACUUAUGUGUACCAAGGAUUCACUUGGCCCUGGGUCUCUCACAGGCUAACCGAGUUCAGGCCCAGACAACCACCCUUAGGCCCUGUUUCUAGAGCUAGGGUGAACCAUGCCAAAGGAAGGGGCCAGGCUGUGUGCGUGCGUGUGUGCAUGCGUGGGUGUGUGGUCUCUCUCCUGGCCUGUGUGUUUCUCUGCCAUAUGUCUCUGUCCUGCUGUCUGUAAAUGUCUCAUAGGGAGAGGGCCUCAGGGAGCUCCUGAGGGGUGUGGACCCCUCACCUUGCACGCCCAUCCUCCGUGCUUUCCUCCCUGCCCCUCCUGCACUGGGAACAAGAGGAGGGGCCUUCAAAUGACACUCUGGGGUCUUACAACCCAAAGCACAUUCAAUGCAAGGGGAGCAAGGAUGGCACAAUCCGUCCUUUACUGCCCAUGUGAAAUAAAAAAAAAAACCCAAGG